AGCCUUAGUUCUCUAGUGUAAUGGAAAAGGAUGGUGUACAGGGCGACAGUGUAGAUACUUGCACUAAUAAGGAGAGUGUUGAAGAUCCAGCAAAACAGAAUAUUAAAAAACCAGGACCUUCCAAAAUAACAAAACUGUCUGAAGACGACCCUAAACCCGGGCCGAGCAACUCAGCCGCAGAUUUUGAUCUCGAGGUUUUUGAUUCUGGAUCAUCCUGUUCCAAUGAAGAGUGCUGGGGCGUGGAUAGAAAAAUAGUAAAAAAGUUGAAUCCUGGUGUUGAAACCAUCACUGGAAAUAAACCUGUUAGUUCAGAUAAAAUUAAGAUGGAUGAGUACCCUUCAGACAGUGAGACAAAAUCGACCACCGUUUUAACAAGAAAACACCAUAGAGAAACUCAAACCAGCGCAGAUCUGAUAAACCCUUUGCCGUCCUCCUCAACACAGUUGGAUGUGCCUGAGGUCGAGGAGGACGAGAUUGAACUCCCCAAGGAAACCCUUGACAGGAGGGAGAACGUGGAGAUCUGGAAAUCUAAGAAUGUGACUGAAGCCAUAGUCGAGGACCACGACGUAUACGGGACUGACGAAAAUGAGGAUUCCAUGGACUCUCUAGUACAGAACGAUGACUCAAUGGACUCCCUUGGUAUUUCCUCACGAAGAACGUCUCUCUGUGAUAAUUGUGAAGUAGUUCUUGUAGAAUCUACUUUAUCUCGCUGCUGCUCAAGAUCCAGUAAUCCUGAGAGUACUGUAGAAACCCCGGACGCAGAGGAUACUCAUCUACCUAUCUGUGAUCUGUAUACUCAGACCUGUCGUUCCGGUUCUGGUCGGAGCUACGAGGUCAAAACCUCCCAAACUGAAUCCGAAUAUUUCCAGCCUCAUUCUUCUUUAUCCUCGCUCGCUACCAUCCUCUCAUCCUCAUCUUCUUCUAGCUCAACCCUCAUCCCAUCAUCAUCAUCCUCCUCCUCCUUGCCCUCAACAUGUUCAUCAUCUAAACCGAUACCUAGUUCUCUGACAUGUUCCUCAGCCUCCACAACUCCCCUCAUCUCAUCCUCCUCACCCUCCAUUCUCCCUUCAACAACAGAUCAAUCAACCUCUACAGCAGACUCUUCCUACUUAAAAUCCAAACCAGCCUCUGUUUCAAAUUCAAAAGCCUCCAUGUCAAUCUCAACCUCAUCAGACCGGGUCCAGCCUCUAAAACAAACUGCCAAUUUUCAAACACAGACUGAAGCUGAAAACUUCCGACCUAAACGGAAAUCCGGUAGUUUUUCAGAAUUAUCUCUAUCCUGUGUCCCGUCUAAGAAACAAAGAAAACCCCUAGAACUGAUGUCGGGAGACUCUACUCCUAAACCCUUCACCUUCACCACUGUCAGGGAGACAGAUUCCGGAGAAGUUGAUGUUGGAGGGGAUACACCGGAUCUAGGUUUAUCAUGUCACAGGGUCCGGGACACCAUGGACCUGAAUAGCACACCUUCAGGGACCUCUACGGACCUGGAUAUGACUCCUCUGGGAUCUGGGACCAUUCUUCAUACUUCUCACACUUCUAGCAAUACUAGGCGAACUUCAGACUGUUUUAUGGACUCUCUUAAUAUAGAGGAAGCUCCAUAUUUAUCUAUCUGUGAUAACACUGCUCCUACCUCCCCUGCCUCUCCCGAAGCUGCUGAUGUCGAAGAUAUGGAAUUUGAAGGACCUCUGAAUCCGCCUGUGAAUCCUCUGAAACCCUCCCCCCGGGCCCUAUUCUCCCCCGGGCUAGGCCGUAAUAUUAUACCGGACAGAGAGAAUCCUCCCCAGGAGAUACUAGAUUGGGUCUCCAUCUUCUCCAGAUGGAGCAAUGCAGAGAGAUUAGUCGCAAUCAAUCAACUAAUCAAUACAUGCGAGCCUUCUCAAGUCAGGCAUAUGAUGCAGGUGAUUGAGCCGCAGUUCCAGCGGGAUUUUAUCUCGUUACUCCCUAAGGAGUUGGCACUUUACGUUUUAUCCUACCUCAAUCCUAAAGAUCUUCUCAGAGCGGCCCAGACGUGCCGGUACUGGAGAAUACUAGCAGAGGAUAACCUAUUAUGGCGGGAGAAAUGCCGGGAAGCAGGGCUCCAGGACUGCAGGGAAAACUACAGGAGAAGAAAGUACAGCUCUGGGUUUACCUAUUCUCCCUGGAAAACUGGCUUUAUGCGCCAGCAUAAUAUAGAAAUGAACUGGAGAAUGAAUCCAAUCAAAUCUCCGAAGGUGCUAAAGGGUCAUGAUGAUCACGUCAUCACAUGUUUGCAGUUUUCUGGUAGUAGAAUAGUGUCUGGCUCAGAUGAUAAUACGCUCAAGGUUUGGUCUGCAGGAACAGGGAAGUGUUUACGUACACUUGUUGGUCAUACAGGAGGGGUCUGGAGCAGUCAGAUGCAAGGAAACAUUAUAGUUUCUGGUUCUACAGACAGGUAAAUUAAAGUUUCUGGUUCUACAGACAGGUAAAUUAUAGUUUCUGGUUCUACAGACAGGUAAAUUAUAGUUUCUGGUUCUACAGACAGGUAAAAUAAAGUUUCUGGUUCUACAGACAGAAUCCUUUUAUUUCUCGGGAAAACAAAUUUGUUUUGUUUAGGUCACGUGGCUGCAGUACGGUGUGUACAGUAUGACGGAAGACUGGUUGUCAGUGGCGCUUAUGAUUAUAUGGUCAAGGUUUGGAAUCCUGAGAGAGAAGAAUGUAUUCAUACCUUAUCUGGGCACACUAACAGAGUGUAUUCCUUACAGUUUGAUGGAACCCACGUGGUUUCCGGAAGUUUGGACACGAGUAUCCGAGUCUGGGACGUAGAAACCGGAAGUUGCAAACACGCUCUUAUGGGUCAUCAGUCUCUUACGUCAGGUAUGGAGUUGAAGGAUAAUAUCCUUGUAUCUGGGAAUGCGGAUUCUACUGUUAAGAUCUGGGAUAUAAUUACAGGACAAUGUCUUCAAACCUUGUCAGGUCCUAAUAAACAUCAGAGUGCUGUGACAUGUUUACAUUUUAACAAGAACUUUGUUGUCACAAGUUCAGAUGAUGGAACGGUUAAACUCUGGGAUGUUAAAUCAGGGGAUUAUAUCCGUGACCUCGUAUCCCUGGAGUCUGGAGGAUCUGGAGGAGUUGUUUGGAGGAUUAGAUCCUCUCCAACUAGGCUGGUGUGUGCGGUUGGUUCCCGGAAUGGUACUGAGGAAACAAAGCUGUUAGUUCUAGACUUCGACUCGGAAGUUAAAUAGCUGCCUCUACUGUACAGUGUACUGUACUGUACCUUUACCAUGUACAUCUUAGAACAUCGUGCUUUUUGUACGAAAUGAACACGUGGCGAAAAACGUGUUACCUUAUUUCUUAUCAGGUUUUGCGGCCUGCUAAGAAAUCAGGGCGCAGUUAUUUACUGCGCACUGUUCUUAAGUACAGAUGACAGUACAGUAGCUCUCGAAACUGUGGGAUCCUACAAUUCCUCUGCAUAUUUACAUUGAUACAUUCAGAGUUAAAGAAAUGAGUUGAUUUGAUACGGUACACAAUGUUGUCAGGGAAUAAUUAAAGGGACUG